AGAAAAAGGAAAAACAAAAAAAAAAACAAUGGCGACGGCCUUGUCACUGACGCCGUCUUCCUCCUCCAAUCCCCAAUUUCAUCGCAAAACCCUAACCAACAGAAUUCCGCACCCGACGACGAGGAGGUCGCUGUUCUCCUCCUCCGCCCUGCUCCUCUCUUCCGCUCCCCUCUUCGCUAUCCUUCCUUCCUCUGCGACUCCGCCGUCGCCCCCUCCGGUUCCUGCUUCGGCGACCCCGACCUUCUUCGAGCUCCCUGGGUCCGGCGGAGUGAGGGCCCUGGACCUUCGUGAAGGUUACGGUGAAAUCCCUGUCGAUGGAGAUCAGGUAUCAAUCCAUUACUAUGGAAGGUUGGCAGCAAAACAGGGAUGGCGCUUUGACUCGACCUAUGACCACAAGGAUGAGAUGGGUGACCCUGUUCCCUUUCUAUUUGUUCUUGGAUCUGGAAAGGUGAUCUCAGGCAUUGAAGCGGCCGUGAAGUCAAUGAAAGUUGGAGGUAUUCGACGCGUAAUUAUACCACCAUCGCAAGGGUACCAGAACAUGUCCCAGGAACCAAUACCCCCUGAUAGGCAUAGCGGAUAUCCAUGGCCUAAAGGUAACAUUAGUGUUCAGAGUUUUAUGCAUCCACAUCCUAGUUUAAGUGAAUUGUUUUCAACCAAAGUUUGAACUCUCAGUUCUUGUUCUCAUAAUUUCAAAAUGUCAUUUUUCCUUUUUCAUACAGUUCUUUGAUCGGCAGAGGUUGUUUACUACCAUUUUCAACCCUACUCGGCUUGCUAAUGGAGAAGGUUCAACUCUUGGCACGCUUAUAUUUGACAUUGAACUUGUUAGUGCCAGGCAUCCAUGAGGUUUUUCUCAGCUGCUGCUUCUCAUGUGACCCUACGAAGGAAGACGAAGGUAAUGCUUGUUGAAUGUAGAAAGAAUGUAUGUCCAUUGCAAAAUAAUCAAGAAGGAAGUCAAUUCAAUUCA